UAGAGUUUGGCACAGUUUAGCAACAACCGAGUAAAAAGGCUUUCCAAAGUCAGUUUUAAGCAUAAGCUUUUCGACUAAUUGAUAUAAGGCUCUGGUUUAUUUACUUGGCUAUUCAUCAUGACAACUGUGGGCUGUCUUGUAGACUGCAAGAUAGGAUGUUACAAGUGAAGUUUGUGGAGGGUUUUUGCGGUGCCGUGCGCAGUGUCUGUACACUUUGAUAGAAGUGGGAUCGGUCGGCAAGGAUUAUUAAGUGUGUCGACUCGGAAACACUGGAUUCAGAAUACUUCGUUAAACUUUUGACAAUGUGACUUGUUAAUGAUGGAACUUACCUGUGUUUCUAAUGCCAAAGUCAAGUUCUUUCAGGCUACAAUCUGACAGUAGAGACUUUCCAACUGUACAAGCAAAAUGAGUUCUAAACAGACUUUCCUGGCCAAGGCAUUGUAUGACAACAUUGCGGAGUCCCCGGAUGAGUUGGCAUUCCGUCGUGGCGAUAUCCUCACUGUCGUUGAACAGGACACGGAGGGAUUAGACGGCUGGUGGCUGUGUUCACUGCGUGGCAAGAGCGGCAUUGCACCAGGCAACAGGUUAAAACUGUUAACAGGCAUGUACAACGGGAGUAGCGAACCCAACCCCAGCUCGUACCAGACCCCUCCCACCAUGUCCCAGGUCGACUGGAACCGGCGUAGCUGGGACCUUCAGCCCAACAAGGUGGUGACUCCCAGAAAGGUAGGAGAUGUCUACAUUUACAACCAGCCUAACAAAAGCAUUAAUGACUAUGAUGUCCCUCCCUCCAGAUACUUCCCUAACGAGUCCAUGUGUGAGGGCGACUCUCUAGACUCCCAGGGCAACUAUAACCACUCAUUGUUAAACAAGAGCAAGGUGGAUAACUCUUCAACCACACUGUAUGAUACCCCUCCAGCCAGAGCACUAAGUGUUCGACACUCGCCUGAUAAUAUCUACAGUGUCCCUUUGCCUCGUACAGACACUUACGACACUCCUCGAUCCAAUAGGUCCAGCAUGAUAUCCACCAUGUCUGCUGAUUCCACCAUGACCCUGUCCAGCAGUGCGUCCACCCCAAGCCUUGCUCGGUCUUCCAAUCCCCCAAGUGUGUGUGACUCUGCCCGUUCCAGUCUGGAUGUGUCUCCACAGGACCUGUAUGAUGUUCCCCCGUCCGGCACUAGGGCUGUUAAACAGACGUCCACGGACUCAGGACUCGACACCUGUAUGUAUGACUCGCCGGGCAAGCCUAAGGUUGUUCCUGGCUCUGAGGUCUACGACUCUCCCAGAUCAAACAUAUAUGCAGAACCAGCAAGUCAUACAUAUGAUACCAUUACCAAACACAACAAAGAACAUUCAGUAGAUGAUAUAUAUGAUGUACCCACCAAUAAUGCCCCUAGGAUUGUCCUUGAAGCAGCGUCUUCGGAACGAGAUGAUGGCACUUUGAAGUUUACUGGUAGGAAAAUUAACAGCGGAGUGUAUGCUAUUCCACCUCAAGUAACCAGAGACUCAGUGCUUUCUAUCAAGUCAGAUUCUUCUGAUGAAGGCCAAAGACUUUCCACAUGUAGUAUGAGCUCAAGAGAUUCAGAUGUACCUUUCUUCUCGUAUGAUGAGCUUCCACUCGAUCUAGACUCUGCCAUGGACUUGUUAGUGAAACUACAACAGGAUGUACAAAAGUCCACCACAAAAAUGAACUCUUUUGUGAGUAGUACAUGGCGGAAGCGUGAGAAACUGGAACCAAGAUUAUACGACAUUAAACUAGCGUGUGGUGACGUAAAAGCUUCACUGGAAGCCUUUGUCAGUUUUGCUCAAGGUGCUCUGGCCAAUUCAAUGAGAGCAGCUGAUAAGAAUCUGAUAAAGAAACUUCACAGGCAACUCUUACCACUCCAGCAAAGUCUCCAACAGAUACAGAAGUGUUACAAGAAUUUAGAAGAUUACAAAUGGGAUGUGACCAAGCUGGCUUUAGAGUCUGCAGUUACCAGGGAUGAUGACCUGAGCACAGUUGCCUCCCAGUCAAAAGAUUUGAAUAGUGAUGUGAGAAAACUUGCAUCAUUCAUUCAAGGUAAUUCAACGCUGUUGUUUAAACGGGCUCAAGACUUGAACCAGUCACGUUCUAGCAGCACGCCAGACCCCAAAAAGUCUUCCCCAAAGCCUGUUUUGAAACCAAAGCCUGAUGUGGGCCCAAAACCUCAGAUUCCUGUUAAAGGACAGAGUGGCAAAGUUCAACAACGACCUUUACCUGCCCCACCACCGAGAGACCGACCACUUCCUCCUACUCCUCCCCAGAAAACUAAUAAGAAGUCAGACAUUGUUGUCAAGAGAAUAUCCAGUGGCAGCAAAGAGAACCUUUUGGCCAAUAACCAUUAUGAGAAUGAUGCCAAGGAUUGGGUAGAUGACUAUGAUUAUGUCCAUCUGGAAGCAAGGGAAGCUUUGGCCAGACAACGACUGCAAUGUCCAACCAAGGAUUCCCCCGGCAAGGCCAACGAGGAUGAUUUGUCCCCUAAACAGUUAGCUAAGAUGGAGAAACUCGAGGAAGACUUAAAGACCCCAGUGAACACUGACAUGAGUCAGUUCAUUCUUCCAGAGCAAACCAGCUUGUCCAGUAAACUGGAACUUAACGACCAACAACUUCUCAGCUUUUACAUCAAACAGUUAGAUGUCCACGCACAACUGCUCACCAAUGCCAUUGACGCUUUCUUUGGUUGUAUUGAGUAUAAUCAACCACCACGUGUCUUUAUUGCUCACAGCAAGUUUGUUGUUUUGGCUGCUCAUAAGAUAGUGUACAUUGGAGAUACUUUGCAUAGGAACCUUCUGAAUAGUGACAUCAGAAGCAAGGUCAUGCACUGUGCUAAUUUUCUGUGUGACUGCUUGAAGCUGACUGUGACAGCAACAAAAACAGCAGCGUUACAAUAUCCCUCAGUCCAGUCUGUCCAGGAGAUGGUGGAUCGUGUUGUUGAUGUUUCACAUGCUGGACACGAGUUAAAAUUAGUUAUUGUGCAAGCAGGCACAUUGUAACAGCAUACCCUUGGGUGCCCCCAGAUACCUGUGAGGCAAGUGACUAUUUGACACAUGGCACACUUUGGUGCAUCCCAUGUGGUGUCCUUGUAACUUUCAUUAACAUGCUCGUUAAUACCUGUACAUUUGUACCAAAAAAAGAAAAAAAGAAAACAGAGAUUUUGCUUGUGACAACAUAUACAGCCAUGCAUCAUUGCCAUGCACAUUACCAUUUUGUACACAAGCUUGUCAUUGUGUUUUCAUGUCACCAUUGUGUAAAUGCCAUAUGGUGACCAGACACAUGUUUGCUUGUCAUUUUUUGCCACAUGGUCACAGUCAAUGAUGUACAUUUAACUAGUGCUGCCCAUUGGUCUUAACCCUAGUGAUAUAAUUGGAGUAGGCGUACAGUUUUGCCAGAGUUUAAUGUCAGUACUAAUGGUCAGAUAAAUUGGUGUACUGUAAGUUCUCAUUAUAGAGACAAUGAAUUGCAUUGUCCCCGCAAGCAGCUCUGGAUAAUGUACAUGUGCCUUAUACAUGUAAUGGCAGAUUUUCAUCAGCCACCUAUAUAUGUGUACAGUUCUUGACAAGUGGUAGACUAUACCACAUCUUGUAUGUUAAGUCCUUUAAUGACUGGUUUGUUUCACCAAUGUUAAUGUUGUAUGUCUUGUUCUGAUAGGAGACAGUGCUGUGAGGUUGACAUUUGCAAUACCCAGAAAACAAGUUUGUUAUAGUGUAUAGACCUACCAAUAUUUUUGUCGACAAUUAUUAACCAGCCUUAUCUAGAUUAAUACAGAUUUACUGAUAAAGUCAUUUCUAGUCAGUUGUAAUACACGUAUUAAUCUGAACAUGUAAUACAUGUACUUAUUACUUGUUUUCCUCUUGUGUUUUCAUGCUGAAGCGUGGUUAGUGGCUUAAAACCAUUUUCUUUCACUUUAAUACUGUUUAGCAUACCUGUUUUUAAUAGUUUGAUUUUUUCAGGUUUUGUUUUCUGCAGAGCUGCAGUACUGAAGUCUACUUCAUCAUAUAAGCAAGUCUCUAUGAGAAGUUGAUUGUGAAGGCUAUCCAUGUAUCCUACUUUUAUGUAAUGAUGCAUUGAGCAUCGCAUAUGUUGGAAACAUAUGUUUUACCCUAAUGAGUGUAAGACAGUCCUUGUCAAUUAGGAUAAGGUGCAUUUGCAUUUUACUUAUUAAUGUGAGUUAGCCUGUGAUAUAUUAUCCACAAUAAUAGACCAUGUUAUCCUUGUAAUACCAGCCCCUCAAAGGUCCUGGGUGUGGUGUGUGUAAUUUUGGAUGUUUUCUUUCCAAUUCACCACCCAGGGCCAACCUCUGCUUAUCACAGCAAGACCUUGAAACAAGCUGUGAUGUGAUGUCCAGUACCUCCACAGCUUCUCUCUCCAUACAGCUUUGGACUGUUGGGUGUUUACUUUGACAGCAGGAGUGGGAUAUUGUGGACAUGACACACUACAGUGCCUAUCACUCCUGGUUCAUCAUGACACACAAUCAUGUUGACUUGGCCCAUAAUGGGCAUCAUUCUUUAAACCACGUCUCAGUUGAAGUAGAGUAACAGUGAGAAAUAUCCUCAGCUUACACUGUGUUGCCUCCGCACAGCUAAACAAAAGCUGUAAAAGCAACUAUUUUUUGUUGGAACGUGAGAUAAUUUGCGAACUCAUCUGGAAAAUUUUGUCAUGGCAAGGUCAUAUAUUUCACAACACAGUGCAUCUUGUAUGGGUGUCUGCUGCCUUCUCAAAAUAGAGCUAUGUUGACUGUAGCUUUAACCUUCACACGGCAUCCUAUAGUAGCCAUAUAUUUUCAUCUUAAGAGGUUUAACACAGUGCAAGCUA